AUGAGCAUGGAUAUUAUGAGUGCCAACACGCUUGCUCCGACUAGGGAUGCUAUGGCUUCCGAGGAAGAUCAACGUUUGCACGAUUUUGGGGUUGCGGCUCUGGCCGCUGUCGCGCAACAUCCGCACGCCGUCAAUGAAGAGAGCGGAUCCUUGCUGAUGAAUGAGGUGGUAAACGCGAUGACCGGCGGUGCGUUGCCUCCGAACCCAUCUGCGUUGCGACUCUUCCAGGAUGACAGCCUCCAGUUCCCAAAUUCGAGGAGGAUGAACUUUGCAGCAUCUUUCAUUCCAGAAAGUGUGCCUGUCGAGCCAGUGGCGUUCUCAGCUGGACCUCAGAUUGUUAGCGAAGCUAGUGACUUGAACGUGGACAUCUCCGUGCAGCAACUGAUUGAGCGCGCCGCACCUUCGCAUAGCAUCGCGGACGCCGAAAGCAAUUAUUAUAGUGAAGACGACGACAUGUCAGGAGACAAUGCUCUCGAUUUUGAACCUGGUUUUGAAGGAAACCACUCAUCGCCGUGGGCCGACCCAGAUGACGACCUGGAAGAUCUGAUUCGAUUCUAUCCGGACGAGGAAGAAUUCUAUCAUUGGCAGCAUACACCAUACACUCGUACUGAUUCACCUAUGAUGGGUGAGGUCAACCUUGAUGAGUUCUACGCCACUGUCAGUUACAGUGCGACAGACCCGAGCCUGCCGCAGACACCUGCGAACCCGGGGCCGGGCCCCAUCCCUCUAAGUGAGGACCAGCCUGAAGUGCAUCCUGAGACCAUUGUUCACACAGCCACAUAUGAACGAAAUCUAACCGUCGACGAGUUCAUCCAACGCUGGAUGAUCCAAACCAAUCUCAUAUACGAUGGCUUUCACGCCGAAAGCAGACCCCCUGCGCAGAUACGCCCGCUCUCGAAGAUGAUGGGCUGGAAACCCGCAUUGGAUAUCGAACGACCUUCCAACCUCAAACGUAAUUUCUAUGAUCUCCAACAAAUUCCUUGGAGAGAAAUUUUGAAAGUGAAGCGGUCGACCGCUCGUCACCUCCGUGAUACUUGGUAUACCUCAUAUCACAAUCUUGAUUACACGCGCAUGGGGGGUGCGGAGCGACUUCCUGCGGAUGAGACUUACUUCCGCGGGAAAUCGAUGCACACUGCACACAUGGCCUCUAUUGAGCAUUUCCAGCUCCGCAAUUUGAUGGCGGUGCCUUAUUACAACACCGUCCACUUUGCCAGUCGAUCCAAAGUCCAGGCAUGGACUCCCCAAAUCAACGAACUUCGCUGUCUCAUUGACCUCACCCGACCCUGCCCGGAAUCAGGAUUCCUAAGCGCGGUCAAGAUCUCCAGCAUGAAAUCAGCAUACGGCCUCACUAUGGCUGGCGGUUUUUGCGGUGAGUACGCAUUGCGCUCAUCCAACGCAGAAGGUUCAGGCGCCAAAGGCCUCGUCACACCCGACUUCAACGACGGGAUCACCAACCACGUCGACAUCAUCCCUAGCCGCACCGGCCCCUCCCCGAUUUGCGUCUUUGCCUCCAACGACAGACAUCUACGCGUCCUGGACUGUGAAACCAAUAUCUUCCUCUCCGACCAAGAACUUUCUCGCCCGAUCAACUGUACCGCCACAUCCCCAGAUAGUCGCCUCCGCGUCGUGAUCGGCGACUCCCCAGAAGCAUGGGUCAUCGAAGCCGACACAGGCCGGCCCGUGCACCCUCUACGCGGCCACCGCGAUUUCGGUUUCGCCUGCGCCUGGUCGCCCGACAUGCGCCACAUCGCCACAAGCAACCAAGACAAAACGCUCAUCAUAUGGGAUGCACGUACCUGGAAACCUCUGGAAACCAUCGACUCCGAUGUUGCCGGCUACCGCUCCCUCCGCUUUUCCCCGGUCGGCGGGGGUCCACGCACUCUCCUCUGCUGCGAACCCGCAGACCGCAUCUCCAUCGUUGACGCGCAGCUCUUUCAAAGUCGCCAAGUCCAUGAUUUCUUCGGCGAGAUCGGCGGCGCUGAUUACGCGCCCGAUGGCGGGUCCGUCUGGGUUGCGAAUACCGAUCCCCAUUUUGGCGGGUUCAUGCAGUAUGAGCGCUGUCAAUGGGGUAGCUCAUUCGGAUUAACUGAUCUACCGAAUGAAUGGCUGCGCGAGAAUGAGUUGGACGGGGAUGAUAGGUGUAUUUUGAGUGAGAGGGAGCGCAGCUUGAGAUUUUUGCGCAAUUUGUCGGAUGAGCAGCAUGAUGCCUUCAUUCUUUAG